AUGUCUUCAACAGCAACAACAACAACAACGAAAACUUAUUCAAAAACAGAUUAUUUACAACCAUCUUCAUCAAAUUCAUACGAUUCAAGUCAAAGUCCACUAGCUCUUUUAGCUCAAACAUGUUCAAGUAUUGGAAAAGAUUUUCCAUCAUCACCUUCAUCAAUCUCAAAUUCAGUUCCACCUAUAACAACAACAUCUCUUUCUACAAAAUCUUCAUCGAAUCUAUUUAAUUCUGACAAAUCAUUUUCAUCAACGAAACGUUCAUCACCUUCACAGUUAAGUAAUGUAAAUGCCCAUAAAAAAUCUACACUUCCAUUAAAAACAAAUAUUCAAUCAGCAUCUUUAUCUUUCAUCGAACCAAAUCUAUUAACAAAUCAGUUAACGCCUCUAUUUGAUCCAACUAAAUCUGCAGCAGCAUUAUUUCUUCGUUCGUCUCUUGCUUAUUUAGCUUCACAACAACAUUCAUAUUCCACAACAUGUACAAUACCUGGCUGUUUACAAUGUGAGACAGUUCGAUAUAUUCUUUCGAACUCAAUAAAUAAUCAACCAUUUGUAUGUCAUUGGUCAUCAUGUAAUGCAAGAUUUUAUUCAAAUGAUGAAUUAAUGGAACAUAUUCGAUACAGUCAUAGAUCAUCGAAAAUAUCUCAUCAUCAUCAUCAUCGUUUUCAUCCAUAUUUAAACAUACCAAGGAUGACUGAAACCAAUGAUCAGUUACCAUUUUUUUAUCCUCACUUGUCUUUAUCACCAAUGACAGAAACCAAACGACAUAUGAAUAAUACAAAUAACAAUAAUUAA